ACGACUGAACAGUGAGCAUUUCAUCAUCUUUUUGCUCGCUGCUUUUCCAUCAUAGUUUCGUGUCGGUAGUUUUCUACGGUGCUGCACAUUAUCGAGAGAAUCGCACAAAUCGACGACAAUUGGCUGUUGGAAAUUGUGUGGAGUGUUUGGAAAUGAAAGCUUCGACAUACCCUGCCAAGCCUACGACGGUCCCAGCAAGCAGAGAUACGGCUGUUGCUAUGUUGAGCUUCAGCAAAUAAUCAAUAUCUACCGUAGCCGUCGCCGUCGACCUUGAAAACACCAACCGCCUCAAAGUGCUAACGAAGAGAAAAUAGUGUGACCAAUAGAGACCCUCCUGGCCUGCGAUAACCGCGAGACGCGAAAGGAAGAAUUUGUGUCCUGGAGUGGCAUUCGAACGUGCAAAACUAUAAAUCCGGAAUCGCGCAGCGCACCAAAAUGAGGAGCAUGUUAACGUGGAACAAGAAAAGUGGGCAAGUGGCAACAACUACAUACGAACGGUGCACGUCGCCGCACGGGUUUACGUCAUAUCUGACCGCCCUUAUCAGCCGCUAGAUGGGAAGACGGUGUGGCGGUAGUAGCGGUUUUUUGUAGUAGUCCGGCUCGUCGCUUUGUCAGCAACGGACGAACGAACAAAUUAACGCGCACUAGCAGCAGCAGCAUCCCCACACAACCGCCGGACCAGCCGGAGCACACGGCAUUCCACGGCAGACGCUUGUACGCGCAAUAACACAGUGUCCUUACCGACGGAAAGCUGCCGGAUCGGAUAUAUGGAAAGCGUAACUGGUGCAGUACUACACACCGCCGCGUGCCCGGAAAUAGAUCGUUGCUCGGUUGAUAUCCGCGCUGUAUAUAAUGUACAUAAGCAACUUCUGUAAACAAUCCUUCUUCUGUCUUACGUCUGCUUUCUAUCGUCCAUUACCGUACGUCGUCGCAUAACAGCAAGUAGUCGCCUUCCUCGAUCAAGCUACUUGAGUUUAAAGUGCAACAGCAAAACUUCCCAUCCCAUCAUUUCAUCGCACAUCAUCAUCUCCCUCUGCGCUCCUGUACACCUUGUAACCCUGUGCACUGGAUCACCAGACCAGAAGUGUGGUGCCCUCGUAAUUCUGGUGUAGAAUUGUCUAACGGUUGGUUGUAGCACUAAUUGCCGUUUGUUGAAGGACGUGUGAGAGCGUGUCGCGCGUGUGAGAAGAAACCACAAGUGAUCGUGCAGCGUUCCGUCACCAUGGCAACGACGUUGAAAAAUCACAAAACAGUCGUAGCAGCCGCGGCGGCGAAGGCCGGUGCUGCCGGAGCCGGAGGUGGCAACUUCGGAUGGUUAGCUCACGUCAAGUACGAACACCUGGUGGCCGGCAUAUCCGGCGGUGUCACAUCCACCCUUCUGUUGCAUCCGCUUGAUUUGAUCAAGAUUCGUUUUGCGGUGAACGAUGGCCGCACGGCUUCGGUUCCACAGUACCGCGGGCUUACCAGCGCGUUCCUUACCAUCUUCCGCCAGGAAGGCGUACGUGGGCUGUACAAAGGCGUCACACCGAACAUGUGGGGCUCGGGCAGUGCCUGGGGGUUUUACUUUAUGUUCUACAACACCAUCAAAACGUGGAUACAGGAUGGAAAUACGGCACAGCCCUUGGGACCGUCACUGCACAUGCUGGCCGCAGCCGAAGCGGGCGUACUGACGCUGGCCAUGACCAAUCCGAUCUGGGUGGUGAAGACUAGGCUGUGUCUACAGUGCGACGAUCGUGUCAAAGCCGGUUCCGGUACCGGUUAUGCCGGUAUGGUCGAUGGGCUCACAAAAAUCUAUCGUACGGAAGGCAUCCGUGGUCUCUAUCGAGGAUUCAUACCUGGAAUGUUCGGUGUAUCGCACGGAGCACUGCAGUUUAUGACCUACGAAGAGAUGAAGAACAAGUACAAUCAGAAGCGGAUGCGACCAAUCGACUCCAAACUGACUACCGCUGAAUAUUUAACGUUCGCCGCCAUCUCCAAGCUGAUCGCUGCGGCCGGCACAUACCCGUACCAGGUGAUCCGAGCUCGCCUCCAGGACCAGAACCACACCUACAAGGGUACCUGGGACUGUGUAAAGCAGACAUGGAGAUAUGAAUCGUGGCGCGGAUUCUAUAAGGGUCUCGGUCCGAACCUGACCCGGGUCGUCCCGGCGACGAUGGUUACGUUCCUAACGUACGAAAAUGUAUCACACUAUCUGUUGGAUAGGAGCAAAGCCAGAAGCGUGCAUUAGAAUGCCCUUUGUUUCCCUUUGCCCACGGCAUUCACAGGUUUCUCUAGGGGUUCAAAACGUUAAAGCUGGCAGCUGGCCGAAGUAAAGUCACCAAAAAUUGGCUGCAAAGUCGUAAUAAUAAGCGCUCAAAGUUCCUUUAGUGUUGAUUAGUGUUGUACGCCGGAACGACAUUGCAUUGGAUUCAUUGCUCCCUCCCUGUUAAAAACCGUUUAGUUCGAAUCUGCCUACGACCGGAAUUUGAACUAAGACGGACGGUUGCGGACGCUGCUUUUCAAAAAAGUGUAUCAGUCGAUCAGAGAUUCCUUUAGCGUUAACUGAUCAAAGGACGAAAGAAGGACUGUAGGAGUAUACUAUAGUAUACUACACAAAAAGUCUUCGGGUCUACCCUCGGGUGGACCUAUAUAUCGCAUAAAAUUGUUAAUUCCGAACGGAAGGGCUUAUCCAGAAAUGGUCAACCAAUUAUUAGGAAUAAA